AACAGAAACAAGAAUUUUGUUUCAUUUAACAAAAGUUUAAUUAAAUUCUUAAAAGAAAACAUUUUAAAAUCCCUAAAUAAAUUAAUAAGUUUUAACGGUUAUUUUUGACUACAACAAAAAACAAGAUUCCAAUGUAAAUUCACAAAAUGACUGCAGAAAAUUAUCAUCUUAAAUGGGAUUCGCAUUUAUCAUAUUUGAAUUCAUCAGUUGCCACUUUAUACAAAAAUGAAAAGUAUGCAGAUGUUGUUUUAUAUAGUUCCAAUACCACUGGAUCUAUUACAAAUGCCAUGCCUACGGUCGGCAUAUCAGCGCAUAAAUUUAUUCUGAGCUCAUGUAGUCAGUUUUUUUCCACCAUCUUUGAAACCUCGCCCAUAACCAAUAAUGGCAUAUUUCAUAUUGUACUCCCACCUGAUUUAAGUCUUCGUGCCGUACAGAUAUUAGUGCAGUAUAUGUACGUGGGUGAGGCCACCGUAUCGAAUGAUAUAUUAAGUGAGGUUUUGAGAGGUGGCGAAAUCUUAAAAAUUCGGGGUUUAUGUCGUACUUCCCCAAAUACUACGACGUCCAAUACGACGAUACAACAGCCGCAAUCAAAUCGAAAUGUAGACAACCAACAAACAUCUGCGAAUCCAUCGUCGUACAAUCUUACCCGUAUGCCAAUGAAUAGUGGUCCCACUUCCGUAAGAUAUUUGAUGGAACAACAACAGCAACAACAUUCACGAGGUCUAGGAGCUUCAGUGAUGCCCAAAGACAGCCCAGUUAUAAUAAAAUCGCCGAAACCCUUGAGUACGUUGGCAUCCUCAACCGCAGGCAUAUCGAAGCCACCUUCAAGUGGCAUAACAGUAAACAAACAAGUGGCAAUAGAUCCUGGUGAUUACUCUCAGGAUUCGCUGCCCACGAAUUCGGGAGUUAGUGAAGCUCCAUCUUCCAUAUGCAAUGAAAUUGGCUGCAAUAGUUGUCCACGAGUAGCUGACAUUCAUCAGCCAUUAAUUUUACGACGUGAACGUAGUCAAAGUGAUGAUCCAACAGUUUUGUGCCGAAAGUCCUGUCUGGAGAGAAGUGAGGAACAGAGUUAUUUACAACAUGCUUCCAAUGAUUGCAGAGAUGAGGAGGAAGAGGAGAAUUCAUCCCACAUAUACGAACAUGAAAUGCGUAGAUCCAGCCUUCCAACAGAACGUUCGGACAUUAUUCAUGAUUAUGCCGUUAGUGAACAUUAUCCAAAUCAUAUGUCUCAUAUAGCGCACACUAAACAUAGUGUUAUACUUGAAAGUGGAGUAGAUGGUGGCGGCAGUGUGAGUGAAAUAGCACGUUUACCUUCGCCGACUAACCACAUACAAGAACCUACACCAUUUGUCACCAUCAAAGAAGAGCCCUCAGAUUGGUUACCAUCAUCAUCCUCUUCAUCAUUAACACAUCAAAACAGUGUCGAGUCUUCGAGUAAAAUUAUUAGCAAAGUCGAAAAUUUUCAAACAACUCAUAUAAAAACUGAAUCAUCUCCUUCCUCGGUCCAUAAUAUGGAAAACGGUUGUCGCCAAUUGUUGGCAGCAGCAGCCUCAUCUUCGGUUCUACAGGCACCGAUUGCAAAUGAUUUUGAUCGAUAUUUUUCCUGUGACAUUUGUAAUAAAACGUGUGAGGAUAAAGCCUCGUUAGUACGACAUUUGGAAACCCAUACAGCUACACCUUGUUCGUCGGGUUUCAAUGCUUCCACGGGCGGUGAAGCUCCUACGCUUGCAAAAUCCUAUGUGCCAAAGAAGAGACGACGGAUAUCGCAGCAAGAAAACGCAACCGAUCAUGUUUGUCUUCAGUGUGAUCUUUGUACAACACGUUUUGAAACUCCAGCUGAAUGGGUACGUCAUAUGAGCAGUCAACACACUGAAGUUGAAUUAGCCAUGUUUAACAAUAAAAAAGAUAAGGAAAAAAUUCAUACUUCAUCAUCCAGUAACAACCAUAAAAAACUUAACUCCAACCGUCAGGCCCAUCAUCAUCAGCAGCAGCAGCAACAACAACCGCAACAUCCAAGAACACAAGUUUUAAAUGGCAGCACAAAUUCCAAUUUAUCCAACAGUACUUCCGUUUUAUGCACUUCACCCAAUCAAUCGAGACAUGAUGCCUCAACAGAUUAUUUAAGAUCAACCUUAUCCCCAGCUUAAUGAUAGAGGUGGCGAAAUAAUUUACGACCAUUUUAUAAACGAGGCCUAUACACCAAAACCAAAAAGAAAACAAAAUUUAAUCAAAAUUACGAUGUGUUGAGAUCUACGAAAUCGUUAAACGAAUUUUAAUGGAAUGAAACUUAAAAAAUGAAAACAAAACAACGCUUCAUUAAUACAUAAAUGAACACAAUUUAAAACCAAAUAAUAUUUAUUAGAUUUUAAAAUAAAAGUCCUUCGACAUUUUCUUCAAUAUUUUAA